CGGGAAGGCAGCCGGACUACAUCUCCCUCCCGCCCGCGCGGUGUCGCGAGGCCGCCCGGCGCGAGGCGUUCGCGAGCGGAGAGUCUCCAAGAUGGCCGCGUGGGGAAGGAGGCGUCUCGGCCCGGGCAGCGGCGGUGGCGGCGCUCGAGAGAGGGUGAGCCUGUCGGCCACAGACUGUUACAUUGUGCACGAGAUCUACAACGGGGAGAACGCCCAAGACCAGUUUGAGUACGAGCUGGAGCAGGCCCUGGAAGCCCAGUACAAGUACAUCGUGAUCGAGCCCACCCGCAUCGGGGACGAGACGGCCCGCUGGAUCACUGUGGGCAACUGCCUGCACAAGACCACCGUGCUGGCGGGCACCGCCUGCCUCUUCACCCCGCUGGCGCUGCCCCUGGAUUACUCCCACUACAUCUCCCUGCCCGCAGGCGUGCUGAGCCUGGCCUGCUGCACCCUCUACGGCAUCUCCUGGCAGUUUGACCCCUGCUGCAAGUACCAGGUGGAGUACGACGCCUACAGACUGUCGCGCCUGCCCCUGCACACACUCACCUCGUCCACCCCGGUGGUGCUGGUCCGGAAGGACGACUUGCACAGAAAGAGACUGCACAACACGAUAGCGCUGGCGGCCCUGGUGUACUGUGCCAAGAAGAUCUACGAGCUCUGCGCCGUAUGACCGCGCCGCGCUGCGCCGUGAGCGGCCGGCCGGGGAGGCAUCUGGCGUCGCGGCUGUUAUUGUAGAGAGAUAACAGGUGACAAGUGCACCAAGGGUUUUCUCAGCUCGUCACACUAGGAUGUGGAUUUCCGCCGCCAUGGGGCCUGCAGCUGUGGAAGUCCCACUGGGCAGCAGGAGUGAUGGAAGCGAGGCUCCGGAGGGGGUGUGGACGCGCUUGGGGGUCGUUAAGUGUGUCGUUUAACUGUACCAUCCAGAGCCAGCCAGAGGCUAGUGACCAUUAAAAUGAUGAGAAUUUCA